UACUUCACCAAACCAGCCUCUGAAUGCCUUUCCAAACAGCAGAGAUCGAAUGUCACACCUGUAGCUUAGGGUAGCCCUCCGAGAAGCGGAUGAAGAAACAAAUCUUACUACUUUUCACAUACCGAGGAUUAGUAAGGAAAGGAAAAAAGAGUAAAAGAAGAAAAUGGCCAGUUUUAUAUUACGGAAAGCCGAACCCAAGGACGUGUCUGACAUACUGCGACUCAUAAAGGAACUGGCAAAGUAUGAGGAAAUGGAGCAUCAAGUUAUUCUAACUGAAAAAGAUCUCUUGGAGGAUGGUUUUGGAGAUCACCCGUUUUAUCACUGUAUAGUGGCUGAAAUGGCCAAAGAGCACCAGAGCGCUGACGGUCAUGUGAUUGUUGGCUUUGCUAUGUAUUACUUCACCUAUGACCCCUGGAUUGGGAAAUUGCUCUACUUGGAAGACUUCUACGUUAUGAAGGAGUUUAGGGGUUUUGGUAUUGGGUCUGAAAUCCUGAAGAAACUGAGUCAAGUGGCGGUCAGGACUCGGUGCAGUAGUAUGCACUUCAUCGUGGCGGAGUGGAACAAAUCCUCCAUUGAUUUCUACAAGCGGCGCGGAGCUUUAGAUCUCUCCCUGGAGGAAGGAUGGAGGCUCUUCAAGAUUGACAAACAGAACCUCCUCAAGAUGAUGCACGAGGAGUGAGCGGGACGUUUGGACAGGAGGAACAUUUUAGGGUCUUUCUACUUCCAAUUUAGUGUACUGUUGUUUAUAUAAAUGUGUCUUUUCAUUAUCACUAUUCUCUAUUAUGUCUUUAUACUUAUAAAUGAAAAAUAAAAUAAAAAGUAUUUUUUUCAUAUAA